CGAAUAUUCUUUUUAUUGCCUGUUCACUAAUUAAUUUGAUAUUAAAUUAGUAUAUAUUCUUCUUGUAUAUAUUUUCUUUAAUUUAAAUUCUCUUUAAUUGGUUUGGUGAUCAAAAAUGUAAUUUUUUGGUGAUCAUUUCGAUAGAAAGAAAUUUGGUGAUCAAAAAAUGUAAUUUUUGGCGAUGAAAAAAAUACAUACUCUGUAGAAUGCACACUUUCCUUUCAAGAAGAUGAAUAAUAAUAGAAACAAAAAUUUUAAACUUGACAACUCAAUAACAACUGAUCGUGUAGUAGAUAGUUUUGAUGAAGACUUUGUUGUAUGUUCAAUAUGUCACAUGAUUCUCUGGAAGCCAGUUACAUGUAAAACAUGCGAAAAUUCAUUUUGUUCUGAAUGUAUUAAUCAAUGGCAACAAAUACAGCCCAACAAAUGUCCAUUCACUUGUCAUUAUGAAGAACGUAAAUGUAUAGCAGCUAUUUUGAAAACAUUAUCAAAACUACAAAUUAAGUGUUCUUAUAUUCAGAAUGGUUGCUUCGUUGUAACUUCUUAUGAAGCAUUAGAAAAACAUGAACAACAAUGUGAUUAUCAAUUAAAGAAAUGUGAAGGAUGUGAACAAGAACUAUUACUAAAAGACUUAAAACAACAUCAACAGCAAUGCGAUCAAAUAGAUUUAAUGUGUUCAACAUGUGAAACAAUUUUCAAACGAAAAGAUAUGAAGAAUCACAACGAAGUACAAUGUUUAAAGCAGCAACUUAAACAGCAAAAAGAUCAAGUUCAGCAACUAAAAGUUGAAUUCAAACAAGAAAUUCAACAAUUAAAAGAAACGAUGGACCAGAAGUUAAAAAAUCAACAAGAUGCAUUUGAUCAAGAACAUGUAAAGCAGAAAGAAUUACAUGAGCAGUGUUUAAAUACAUUAGAAAAACAAAUAAAACCAUUUAUAUUACCGGUAAACCUAAGAAAUAUAGUGGAAAAAUUUGAUAGAGUGCACAGCAACACAAUUAAAAUCGAAGAAAAUGGUCUUUUGGCUAUUCUUGUUGACAAGCGUGGACAUUGUGAGGUCCGCGGAAGAAGUUUAUAUUGUUGUGGCAUUAAUCGUAUUAAAUUCAAAAUAGAAAAAAUGUUAAAUAAUCAAUGGAUAUCUUUCGGAAUUAUAUCUCAAUCAACACAAAUGGCAUCGGCAUCAUACAGUUCACCAUCUUUCUAUGGCUGGGGUCAAUGUACAGCUCACGUUUAUCUGAAUGGUUCCGAUCAAAGUAAUUAUGCUGGAUAUGAUGGCGAUAUCAAACAGAAUGAUGUUAUAGAAUUAAUCAUAAAUUGUGAAGCUAAAUAUAUUCAGUUAUUAAAGAACCGUUCGAAUAAGCGAUAUGAAAUACCAAUUGAUUCAGACAAAUGCUUAUUUCCCUGGCAGUUGUCUGUUAAUCUUUUUAAUAUAAAUGAUCGUGUACGCAUCCUGCAACAAACUCUACGAUGA